AUGAUAUUAAAACAUUUAGCUAAUAGCAAGAUCCUCUAUGUAGCUUUGAUCUGCGGAUGUUUCUGUCAGACUCAAGCUCAAGAACAAUCUAUUGCAUCAAAAGAAGACUGUUUAAAAAAUGGCCUAAACUGUAGCUCAGAUGCUGUCUGUUCAUCCAUGACCAACGGCUCUUAUGUUACUUAUAUAUGCUCAUGUAAAUCAGGAUUUAAUGGAGAUGGAUUUAGAUGUUACGACAUUGAUGAAUGUGCAGCUCAAGGAAUUGGUAUUGGAAGUCCUUGUCCCCUAGAAAAAAAUCAAGUUUGUGUUAAUUCUAUUGGCUCAUAUCGUUGUGUUUGCGCGAGCUAUGCCCGUAAUGCGAGCUACUUUAAAGACUGUAGAAGUAUUGCAAAAUUUAAUACUCAUUUCGUACUCUAG